AACUCACCACCUUCUCACAACCUCUCAGCCAUCCAAGUGUUUUAAAACACAAGGCAAAAAAAGCCCACUUCGUACCAUGGCUGCUUCCACAAUGGCUCUCUCCUCCCCAUCCUUCGCCGGCAAGGCGGUGAAGCUCUCUCCUGCCUCCCCCAAGAUCCUCGGCAACGGAAGAGUCACCAUGAGGAAAGCCUUCAAGCCCUCCGGGAGCCCAUGGUACGGCCCUGACCGUGUCAAGUACCUGGGCCCAUUCUCCGGCGAGCCCCCAAGCUAUCUCACCGGCGAGUUCCCUGGCGACUAUGGCUGGGACACUGCCGGGCUCUCGGCCGACCCCGAGACCUUUGCCAAGAACCGAGAGCUCGAGGUCAUCCACUGCAGGUGGGCCAUGCUCGGUGCCCUCGGCUGUGUCUUUCCCGAGCUCUUGGCCCGCAACGGCGUCAAGUUUGGCGAGGCCAUAUGGUUCAAGGCUGGGGCCCAGAUCUUCAGCGAGGGUGGGCUCGACUACCUAGGCAACCCCAGCUUGAUCCACGCCCAGAGCAUCCUGGCCAUCUGGGCCUGCCAGGUCGUCUUGAUGGGAGCCGUCGAGGGCUACCGUAUUGCCGGUGGCCCACUCGGUGAGGUCACCGACCCACUCUACCCUGGUGGGAGCUUCGACCCAUUGGGCCUGGCUGAUGACCCCGAGGCCUUCGCAGAGCUCAAGGUGAAGGAGAUCAAGAAUGGCAGGCUUGCCAUGUUCUCCAUGUUUGGGUUCUUUGUGCAGGCCAUCGUGACAGGAAAGGGCCCACUGGAGAACUUGGCUGACCAUCUUGCUGACCCAGUCAAGAACAACGCCUGGGCCUAUGCCACCAACUUCGUCCCCGGCAAAUGACCUUUUGGCAGAAACACGCUUUUGCUUUGAGUGUGCUCUUAAAUCAUAAUGGUGUGCUGUAAAUUUGUGCUAUAUUAUUGAGAGGUUAAUGUGAGUUUUCUUGCUAAUCAAGUGAUCAUUGUGAGUUUUUCAUUA